CAGACUGUAGUUUCUGUGGAGAUACUGAGUUUUUUUGACGGUUUGCGCGCACUGCACCGGAUCAAGCGCAUUUACGCAGUGCUCGUAGAGCCCAGUCGUUAUAGAGUGCUCUUAUUGAUGGUUUUUUCCUGGGUCACUCCAUCAGGAGUGUGCGAUUCACCUGCGGUCCGGUCGAGCAGCGCGUCAUGGAUUACAGUAACCUGAUGGCGCCUCCGGUGCCGCCACACAAACCCAGAUCCCCCCGGCCUUCAGACUGCCAGGGACGCCUGUUGAAGUGCGUGUUUCUCGGGGACGGAGCUGUGGGAAAAACCAGCCUCAUUGUCAGCUACACAACCAAUGGAUAUCCAACGAAAUACGUCCCGACAGCGUUUGACGACUUCUCAGCGGUCGUACAGGUGGACGGACAACCAGUCAGACUGCAGCUUUGUGACACCGCAGGACAGGACGAAUUCGAUAAGUUGCGUCACUUCUGCUACACGCGGACCGACGUCCUCCUCCUGUGCUUCAGCGUCGUCAGCCCCGCAUCCUUCCAGAACAUCGGUGAAAAAUGGGUGCCGGAGAUCCGCCGCCGUUGUCCGCUCACACCCGUGCUGUUGGUGGGCACGCAGUGCGACCUACGGCAAGACGUCAAGGUCCUCAUCGAACUGGCGCGGCGUCGAGAGCGACCCGUCCUGGAAGAGGAUGCCCGCACCCUGGCGGACAAAAUAGGAGCGGUUGCCUACAUAGAAUGCUCCUCUCUCACACAGAAAAACCUUAAGGAGGUGUUUGACGCCGCUAUCUCUGUCGGGCUCCGACACUCUGACCGAAGAGCCAGGCGAGAACGAAAAGUCCACAGUACUGCUGAUAAAAUGAAAAUGCUCUCAAAGUCGUGGUGGAAGAAAUAUAUCUGCAUUCAGUAGCAACUGAUCUUCUGAGGCAUGAACAACGUGAUAAACUCUUGUUUAGCAUCACGCUCGUCAAGUGGAUCAACAAAGGACAUUGUUGCUACUGUAAGGACAAUGUGAAUGGUUGCAGAAGGUGCAGCUAGCUUCCCAGUAACCAAAGUUUACUGUAUGGAGGGCCGUCACUAAAAGUCACAGGACCCAUGAUAAA